AUGCGAGAGGGUCCCCGAGUUCCCCAGAUGUCCCACGAGAACACGGUCUCCCCCCUCCCCGUGGCCCGGUACUCCCGACUUCCGCUCCAGAUGCUCUGGCCCCAGAUUGCCCCUCUGCUUAUAACCCCAGGGGCCGCCCCUAAGCCCCCGAAAUUCAUCAAAGACCCAGUGACCCUGGACAUUAGCGAUCUGGAUUCUGCAGACAUAGAGGUCACGGACAGUCGCCUGCCUAAUCCCACUUUCGUGGAACACCGACCCCAGCAUCGUCGGUCAGAGACCUUGGGAACAUCCACUGGGCCACCCCAAGUGACUCAGAUUAAGCCACGUUAUGCUUCAAAGUCGCCCCAGGCCUCUGGUCCGUUCUGUGUGGAGCUGGUUCGCGGUUCUGCAGGCUUUGGCCUCACGCUGAGUGGAGGCCGAGAUGCGGCCAGGGACACUCCCCUGGCAGUGCGGGGGCUGCUGAAGGAUGGGCCAGCACAGCGCUGCGGUCGCUUGAAGGCUGGUGACCUCGUGCUUCAAGUCAACGGAGAGUCAACUCAGGGUCUCACUCACGCCCAGGUCGUGGAGCGGAUUCGCAGUGGUGGCCCCCGGCUGCACCUGGUGCUGAGCAGGCCUCUUGAGACCCACCCCAGCAAGCCUGAGAGGGGGGGAGGACCCCGGAAAGGAGAUGAUCGCAGCCCAGAUCCUGGGGGACCAGAGGCUACGAGGUCUCCUAGCGCCAGCGCUUCCCCACUUGAUCACCCUCAAUCCCGUACAACGCCCAAGACCCGGCCCAGCCUGGAGCCCAGCCCAGAGGGGGCAGGGGACGGCCUUGCGGUUCCUCUGGAGCGCCGCAUGCAGGACCCAGACGACCGAUCCCCCGGUUCCCCGGGACCCUGGCUGGUGCCGAGCGAGGAACGGCUCUCGCGGGCUCUAGGUGUCCCGGCGGCCACGCAGCUGGCCCUGGAGAUGGCAGCUGGAAGGCGGAGGCACUGAGCAUAUCUGACGGCUGCCUGCUCACUUGGUACUGCCCCACCUGGAUCCCGCGGGCUCCGCGCGCUGCGCACUAGCAUCGCCAGCAGAACUGCCACUUGGCCUCGUCCCCCCUCCUGCUGUUCAGUCGACCAGCCCGAGUUCCCCUCGCGGUGUCAGUGGUAUGGCCCUCCCUCACUGCCAGCCUGCGCUUCUUGUUUCGGGCGGGGGAGGUAAUAAAUCGGUCCGCUCUGUCUUGA